AGCCCCUCAAUGAGGUACAAAAUUUACAUCGACGGCGACUUCACAAACAUAAAAAGCGUUUUUAUCGAUCAAACUGUAGGCAUAAAAGUGAAGUGUUCGAUAUGCAGUCAGGUGCAUGCCAAUCGCGUGAUCGUGAGUGAGGACAGCCUCAAGUACGUGGAUGACAAAGAAAAAACUAACCUGAGGAUAAACUGUGCUGGCUGCAAGUCGUCCAUGGGGGUGAUGAUCAAGCCGCCAAAAGGAGAUCGGAUUACUAUCAUGCGUGAUCAUGAGCCUAUAAGGCUACAUCUGAGUGAAAAGGUGUUCAACUCGUUCUACGUAUCUUUCUUGGAGACUAAGAAGUGCGAAUUAGUCGAUAAGGUUGAUGUGGAUUGCUCUGUGCUCAGCGACCAGAAAGUGUUAUAUGAGAAUAUUCAGAUCGAGGAUGGCAGCUGGAUGGGUGUCGAUCAGAAAGGACUUAAUUCCCGGAUUGAUGAUAUGGAGGUGAGGUACGAGGAAGUAAAGCAAUCAUAA